UUCCUAUCUUGGGCCAGUUGUGGGUUUUGCUGUCCGUUGGCCGAGUGGGUUGCUCAGGUGCCAGAUGGUGUACUUGGUGCUCCCACUGCCACUGUGUCGGCGUGGCAUGGCGCGGGUCAAGGGCAGCCAAACCAAGAUUCAAAAAUCAGCCAUGAAGAUGUAUUUCGCCGUGCUAUGCACAUCUCCUUGGUGACCAUCUGUAGGUCCACCCCGUUGGGUUCGGCAAACUCCUUGGCCCAUAGCAUGAAGGACCAAGCCACCAGCAGCGCCCCACAACAUCUGCGCUUCCAGGUCAACAAACCACGCGAAUUGCACGAAAACUGCACUUCAAGUUCGGGGUCCACAAAGUAUUUCGCUUGCCACGAAAUUUGAAAACGAACCAUAUGCUCAAAAAUCACCAAUCACUGCACCUGCCGCAGGCAGAGCACGCCGAAGACCACCACCACGUCCAAAGUGAUGCGCCUGCCACGAGAUCUGUACACCGACAUCAGACAUCAAGCCACUCCAAUCUCCUGUGCCUGUCGUGAUACGCCGACGUUGGACCACCAAAGCACGAGGCUUUCCUCGCGCAUACCACGAAAAGUCAUCACCAAGUUCAAAAAGUUGCACGGCGUCAUAACGAGAGCGCACCUCCCUCAAGCAAACUCUCAGAAGGGUACUUUUCUGCGAGCGUGCGGUCAUCUCGUUUGACUCAGCCUGUCUGGCCUUCUGUGGCACUCAGGCCAUUUCUGCAUUUGCACCUCCGUCAUUCCGGUCGCACCUGAUUGUCACAAUGUUUUGGACGUUGCCUGCACAGAUGGGCUGCCAUAUGAGAAGGUCCAACUUGAAACAACACCUGCGACCACUCGAAACGAGGCGGUUAUGGCUGUCAUGGAAGCAAACACUCAAUCACGUGAGGCUGGGCUGGUUGAACGAAAUGCGGCUCUAGCAGUUGCCAAUUAACAAAUGAGGCUGAUGACAGAAAUUGGUGGACUGAGUCAAUGAGAGUUACACGGAGGAGGUUCCGCAGCAGGUUCCGGAGGAAGGUUCCGGAGGAGGUUCCACAUCAUGGGUGGUGGCUAUCUUCCUGCAGUGUUUUUGUCCGAACUUUGCUGGGAAAAACCAAGGUCAAGGAACCCACCCAGACAUUUUCAUUGGCGGCAUCUCGUGAAUGGAAAAAUCAAUGAACUUGUGGCAUUGUUGCUCCCGGCCCUGGUGAAGAAUCGGCAUAAGGAGGUGUGUGUUUGGGUGUAGGGAUGGCGGAAGCGACUGGUUGAACCGUUGCAGCCCCCAAAAAUAUUUUAAAACAUUGUAACGUUUUUGAUUUUUGCGCAAAAAAUUGCGCUGAAGCAGGGCUGCAGGCUUGGAAGUUGAGGGACCAAGGAGCAGCUUGUGCUACCAUGACUCCCGUUCGCAAUCUGGAAGUGGACAGGGGGCCUAGUGAAGAUAUCGAGGACAUUGACAUGUUUGCGGCGUAUUUUUGUGAGAAAGGUAAGGGACGGAAGGAAUCACUUCACUUGCUGCAGCUGUUCCCGAGCUUUGGCUGUCAUCACUGGAGUGCCCUGGGCGGUUUCCGGUUGGGAACUCAGGUUUCGGCAAUGGGGCUUCCGAGUGUGUGGGCUUUUGCGGCUUGGAUUCAGCUGGUGCAAGGAGUAGGGGUACCCUUGGAUGACUGCCAGGACUGCAGCUUGAACGUCUUGCAGAUGAAGGCCUCCAAGAGCUCAAAAGAGGCAUGGGGAGAGCAUGGUUAUUGCCACGGACCUCGUGGAGAUCGCUGGUGUGACGCCUAUUCUGAACAUGAAUGCCGUGACCGCAGGGACAAGGGCUGCGAAUGGAGGCAGGCCGAGGAAGUGAGGCACAUGAAGCGUGGAGCAUGCAAUCCGACAGGGGUGCAGGUGCACAAGUCCUGUUCCGGAGACCAAGGCCUUUGCUCAUCGAUCCCCGGUUGUUUUUGGACUCCAGGCAUGUCCAUUGAACCCAUCGGCAGCCCGGGGUUUGGCCGUAACGACUUCAACAAUCCGAUGGCGGGGAUGUGUACGGGCAUGCCGAUGUACAACCAGGAAGUUAACUGCAUGGGUUUGUCAGAGGGCUUGUGCCGAUCGCAUGUUGGCCAAUGUAGCUGGGAUGAAUUUACAUCCUGAGACGCGUAUCGGCAUAGUUGAGAGGUCACAUCCCUUGCAAGAGACAAGAGUUGGACCAUUUCAACAAAAGGGUGAUGAAAAAGUGUGAGGAGAAUUCGGUUCAGUCGGAAUUGUUGAUGAACUGUCGAACUGUGAGCUGGAUUGUUAUUUUGCGGGCUAGUGAGUUUGUC